CAUCUUCAUUACAGUAGUCCACGAUUGAUGCACUAGGCGAUAUAUCAAUAUGAAAGCUGGUCUUCAAAGAAUCAAAUCGGCACACAUCACUGUCAAUGGGCACCUUAUAGCCUCCUCAAACCAGGGCAUUCUCGCCUUGAUCGGGAUUGAAGAAGUCGAUACUGAGGACGAUGCAGAUUCAAUGGCCAAAAGAAUUUUACAGACAAUGCUAUGGCCCGAGGCAAACGAGACUCAGGGGGAGUGGAAGAGGAAUGUUCAAGAAAUAAAAGGCGAGAUACUGUGUAUACCGCACUUUAUCUUACAUUGUCAGCCCGAAAAUAUAGCCACAAGGACCCCUCCAGACAUGGCCCGUUUGAUAAGAGCGCAAUACCAAUAUAGACGCUUUCUGAAACAAUUGCGCGAUAUCUAUGAACCGCAGCGGGUGAGGGACGAUGUCUUCGAAGCGAUGAUGGCCGGGCCUCUAAGUAAGAUUGCACCAAGCGGUAUAUCCUACGAAAGCACGGACUCGGUGGUCACUAUUAAGAUCGUCACCAAGCCGCAGGGAAUUCCAGCCCUGGGUUAAAGUACGAGACUCAAGUAGCUGUAUCUGUCAACUCCACCCUCUUCCUCUCUUGCGCGGGAGGGAAGCUUCUAAUUUGACCCUUUUCUUCUCCGCAGCGGAACCUCAUGCUAUGAGCUCUGCCUGGACAUGCCUCAUCUCACAAUACCAGGCGUUUAGACGGCAGAAGAAGAAUGCAUCUCUAUUUAAUCCCAUGGGUGGAAGGAACAAGCUAGCGUCAAGGGCAAUAGUCAUGGCUUAAGUAGCGCAGACACCCCAGUACUGGCCUGUAUUAUUCUACUGUAUACUUACUAGGAAGGGAUCAGGGCGCAAGGCCGGUCAAGGAAUAGGGACUAGAGUGUUAUAAUAAC